ACCUCGGAUUCCAGCCAUGUGUUGCGGUGAGGUAGGCUGUUGCGGCGGAGGCUGUGAGCACAAGGGGACAAGUAUCCUCAACCUCGGAUGGGCCUCGAUUGUUCUAGCCGUCAUUGGGUUCAUCCUGUAUAUGGUAGCCGAUGAGGUGUACGGAGGAUACCCCUUCGCUAUCAUGCAUCAAAUCAAUGCUCCUAUUUGGGGAGGAUCCUUCAUCGUACUUGUUGGAGCCUUGGCUAUCUGUGCAGGGAAUAAACCUGAUAAUGCCCGUCUGAGGAUUGCACUUCUGGUGAUGAGCAUCUUUGGUAUCUUAUUUGCCAUGGCGAGUUGGAUCAUCGCAUCCACGGGACUAGUCUUUGACUGCCAUGGAUGUGAUUCGUUUGUGCUGGGACCAUGUGAUCCCGAUGAAUUUGAUAACUGUAGUGGGUUAUCAGAUUACUGGUACGACAUAUUUCCCAACUGGCGCAGUAUUGACUGUGGAGGGAUCAGAGCCCUCUUUGCUCUGCAGCUGAUCCUGGGCCUGACAGAGACAGUUCUGAUGUUUAUUGUGAGCAUCAAGACCUGCUGUGGAACAUGUAGGACCUGCUGCAAGGGAACACAACAGCCUCCGACUCAAGCCAUGACCUACCAGCCUGGUCAACCUGCACUCCAACAGAUCUAG